AUGCUCCGUCUCGCAUGGCACUCUGCUGGUACAUUUGAUGUAUGCAGCAGGACUGGAGGUCCUUUCGGGACCAUGAGGUUUCCGGCUGAGCUCGCACACGGAGCCAACAAUGGCCUUGAUGUUGCUCUUAGGCUCUUGCAGCCUAUUAGGGAACAAUUCCCUAUCCUUUCUUACGCUGACUUCUAUCAGUUGGCUGGUGUUGUUGCUGUUGAAGUUACUGGUGGACCUGAAGUUCCAUUCCAUCCUGGAAGGCCGGACAAGGCAGAGCCUCCUGUUGAAGGUCGUUUGCCUGAUGCUACAAAGGGAUCUGAUCACUUGAGGGAUGUUUUCAUCAAGCAAAUGGGUUUGAGCGACCAGGAUAUUGUUGCACUCUCUGGUGGCCACACCCUGGGACGAUGUCACAAGGAACGAUCUGGAUUUGAGGGUCCCUGGACCACAAAUCCCCUCAUAUUUGAUAAUUCUUAUUUCAAGGAGCUUCUCAGUGGAGACAAAGAAGGCCUCCUGCAGUUGCCAUCUGACAAGGCUCUACUCUCUGAUCCUGCCUUCCGCCCACUCGUCGAGAAAUAUGGAGCCGAUGAGGAUGCAUUCUUUGCUGAUUAUGCAGAGGCUCACCGGAAGCUUUCUGAAUUGGGAUUUGCUGAUGCCUAA